UUCACACCUACGGGCAAUUUAGAGUCGUCAAUUAACCUACCAUGCAUGUUUUUGGGAUGUGGGAGGAAACCGAAGUGCCCGGAGAAAACCCACGCAGGCGGGGCUGGGGAUUGAGCCCCUGACCUCAGAACUGUGAGGUAGACGCUCUAACCAGUCGUCCACCAUGCCGCGUCUUUGUAGUGUAUUCAAUUAAAUAUAGGUCGAACAUGAUUUGCAAAUCGUAUUCUGUUUUUAUUUAUGUGUAACACAACAUCCCAAUUUCAUUGGAACUGGGGCAAUAAAAGUAUGUGAACAUACCUCAAACAAUCCUUGAAUGAAAGUCCUCUCCCGAGCACCGGUGACCACCAGCACACAUUUCCCCCCAUUUUGUUCUUACAAACACACGGCACGAUCCAUUAUUGUUGUCGUCGCCAUGGCAACGAGUGUAUCCGGUCGCGUUUGAGUUGACAAGAUAAAGCCCAGUGAUCGUAAAAGAUGGGAUGCGGUGGUAUCAGAAUACAAGAUUUUAUUGCCCCAAAUUCCAGUUCAAGAAAAUUAGGCACACAAAGAAACUUUCGCGCCCAUCAUAAAAUCGGGUGGAUCCACCCUUCCCCUUUGGGGUCCGUUCCACAGGGAAAGCUUAAAAAGGGAGCUCUUGCCCCUCCUACCGCUUCUUAUUCCUGCUCUGUUUCCUGACCUCUCUGGCUGCUGGGUUUCUACCUAGCAAACCUAUUCCGGGGCUGGCUUAUCCCCAAGUUUUCCUUUCUUUCUAUUUUUAUCUUUUAUUUUUCCCCCACCGUAUUUGUAGGUCCGUGCUGACUUUACAUGCUGUCGUCACCAAACGAUUCUUGGCCAUAAAGACCAAAGUUGGAACCACUGGCUACCCACAUGACAAGAUUUUUCAACAAAGCAGCCGCUUGCUCCCAAACGGAGCCACGUCGGUGUAACCCACCCACCCAGCCAGAACAGACCUUGGCACAAUUAGUCCCAGAAAAUAGAUUUUUGGGUACAGGUGAACUUCCCGCUUCUUCCUUCACCUCUGCAUGGAGGGCUGACUUCCUCAAGUGCUUCCCCACCGCCGCACACAGCAUUUACCAAGCUAAGUAAAAAUUAGUGCAUUAUUGGCGUUAAUAUUAUGAGUAAGGAAGAGUCUCAUAAAUUUCAUCCUUGGCCCAUGACAAAUAUGUAGUAAUGGUUCACGUUAAGCAGCCACAUCCCCCCCUGUGUCCUCCCUUUAUUGGCUUCUCCUUUCUUAAGUAGAAUAUAGAUUGACAUUGAUGACGUAAGAGCGUUGUGCUCGUGCGUCCGCUCCGUUGAGCUUCACAAUUAACUCAUUCCUGUCAUUGACAGGCAUCUACUGUAUAUAUCAGUAGUAUCAAACUCGAAGGGCUGGCAGUGAAUGAGUUAAAUAAGCAGAUCCAUGAGGCUAUUCCGAGUACUCUGAGAAACUUGAGUCCUCAUUGCAGUCCUAGUAGUAAUCAUUUUAAAUUGUCAAAUUUUUUUGCUAAACCAUUGACUGUUUCGUGUUGAGCUGUAGGUUUGUUGUAUUGUGGAAUCCAGGCAAACAUGGAUAGAAUGCCAUUGAAAAAGAGGCUUUGUUACACUUGAGUCAUUUUGUUUUCAAGUAUGAAUAGUUGUUUAUGUGAGGUCACUAAAAAUCCUGAAGCAUCCAUCCAUUUCCUGAACCACUUCAAAGACCAGGAUACAAAAUAAUUUUAAACAGGCCCUCCAUGCAUUAUUCCUAAGAAACCAAAAAUGGGCUUGUGUUCGUCUCACUUAUUAAUAUUUGAAUAUUAUGGUACACAAUUUAGUUGAAUUUUAUCAAUGAGCAUGUACAUCACACUUGUUGCAUGAUUGUUUAUCCCAAAACUAAUACUUGAAGCACCAUUAAUUACAGCACUUUGUCAUUUUGAGGAAGAAGUCUUAUCAGCAUGGCAAAUCUCAAUUUAUAUAAUAUUUGUACACUCUUCCUUGGAAAGCGCUCCAAAUCUGUCACAUUGUGCACAGCCUUUAUUAGCUCACCCCACAGAGUUUCAAUUGGAUUUAGGUCUGGCUGUCUGAAUGGGUCUAUUCCUGCUCAGUCCCCUAUCUGCUCAACCUAUGACUUCAGGGUGCACUGGAAUGAACUCCACCUCUGUGUGGACCAAAACAGCAGAAGUGUCAUAGAAGAUGGACAAACUAAUAUUGGCUUCUUUGCAAUGUAGGUAUUACAUCAACAAAGACAGAUUUAAUUAAAAAGUGUUAAAAAAUAUAUUGCUUUGGUUUGUCUGUUGCCUGGGAUAGUCAACAUUCAGUGGAUAUAAGACUACACGGUCUUGUUCAAAUUUUCAGGUUGUUUGUGAAAAAUGAGACCAAGACAUUCAUUCAUUUCCCAAACCGCUUAUCCUCACUAGCGAGCGUGCUGGAGCCUAUCCCAGCUAUCUUUGGGCGAGAGGGGGGGUACGCCCUGAACUGGUCGCCAGCCAGUCGCAGGGCACAUAUAAACAAACAACCAUUUGCACUCACAUUCACACCUACUUCACGUCAGUUCACCUACCAUGCAUGUUUUUGGGAGAAAACCGGAGUACCCAGAGAAAACCCACGCAGGCACGGGGCGAACAUGCAAACUCCACACAGUCAAGACCAGAUUUAUACCCGGGUCCUCGGAGCUGUGAGGCAGAUGUGCUAACAAGUCGCCCACCGUUCUGCCCGAGACCAAGACAAAUCAUUUCAAAACUUUUUCCACCAAUAAUGUGCCGUAACCCUGAACCAAACUCAUUGAAGAAAAAUGCAUAUUUUCAAGAGGGAAAGUACAAAUAAACUUAGAUAAUGUGGUUGCACAAGUGUACACACACUCUUAUAGCUCGGGAUGUGGCUGUGUUAUUCAUUCAUUUUCUGUACCGCUUAUCCUCACUAGGGUCGUGGGCGUGCUGGAGCCCAUCCCAGCUAUCUUUGGGGUGGGAUUUGAACACCGGUCCUCAGACGUGAGGUAGAUGUGCUAACCAGUCGUCCAUUAAUCAGUCAAAUUCCAACUCAUGUUAAAUGGGAGUCAGCCACCAUUUACAAGGCCUCUAAUUAACCACAAAUAAAGUUCACUUGUUCCAGUAGGCUUUUCCUGAUGUUUUACUUUUUUAUUCAUUUGUAUUUUUAUUUUUUUUUGCUUUCUUGCUGAAGAUCGAAGGAUUUGUGCUGACAUUGAAUGCUAUUUGAAACUGUUCAUAAUUCCCUCCACCCAGACCAUGGCCCCAGUUCCAACUGAAGAAAAACAGCCCCAAAGCAUGAUGUUGCCACCACCAUGCUUGACUCAAAUGGUGAUGAGCCUGCGGGUGUCUGAGCUCCAGGUGCUGCUGGGCUACGCCGGGCGCAACAAGCACGGACGAAAGCACGAGCUUCUAACCAAGGCAUUGCAUCUGCUCAAGGCAGGCUGCAGCCCCGCCGUGCAUAUGAAGAUCAAAGAGCUGUACCGCAGACGCUUCCCUGCAAAAAUGGUGUCUCACUCCGAGCUUUCCCUGCCCGGACCGCAUCACCCAGCCACAGCGGGGGUGGUUGGAGGAGGUGGAGCUGCUUUGCCUCCUGGCUUGACACAGCUGGCGUACGAGGGCCACGCGGGUCAUGGUGGAGCCCCGUCACCUGCUGCCUUAAUACCUCUCUCGCUACUCGGUCCUGGGAAACACGAGCUUACUGGGUUGACACACCACAUGUCCGCCGUGGUCCCGCUGCACCCCGUCCACCCAGAUGUGAAGCUCCAGAGGUUGCCAUUUUAUGACACGCUGGACGAGCUCAUCAAGCCAACCAGUCUAGCUUCGGACAACAGCCAGAGGUUUCAGGAGACGUGUUUUGCCUUCGCAUUAACGCCACAGCAAGUCCAGCAGAUCAGCAGUUCAAUGGACAUCUCGGGGACCAAAUGUGAUUUCUCAGUUCAAGUCCAAUUGCGGUUUUGCCUGUCAGAGACGAGCUGUCCUCAGGAAGAUCAUUUUCCACCCAGUUUGUGUGUGAAAGUAAACAGCAAGCCGUGUAACCUGCCGGGUUAUCUUCCUCCGACCAAAAACGGUGUCGAGCCAAAGCGGCCCAGCCAACCCAUCAACAUUACCUCACUGGUCAGAUUGUCCACCACAGUCCCUAAUACCAUUGUGGUGUCCUGGACUGCUGAAAUUGGAAGGAAUUACUCUCUGGCAGUGUACUUGGUGAACCAGCAGUCAUCCACAGUGCUUUUACAGAGGCUUUGGGCUAAAGGCAUAAGGAACCCAGACCACUCCAGAGCACUGAUCAAAGAGAAGCUAACAGCAGACCCAGACAGUGAAAUAGCCACAACUAGCCUUCGUGUGUCCUUGCUCUGCCCGCUCGGAAAAAUGCGGUUGAUGAUUCCAUGCCGGGCGCUGACAUGCUCCCACCUCCAGUGCUUUGAUGCCACACUGUAUAUUCAAAUGAACGAGAAGAAGCCCACCUGGGUGUGUCCUGUCUGUGACAAGAAGGCCCCUUAUGAACACCUGAUCAUCGACGGGCUUUUUGUGGAGAUCCUGACCAGCUGUAUGGAUUGUGAUGAGAUCCAGUUCAAGGAAGAUGGGAACUGGGCCCCCAUGAGGACAAAAAAUGAAGUACAGGAAGUCUCUUUUGCUGCUUUAAAAAGUAGCCUGAAUGGUCAGUGUCCAACAUCUUUGAGCUCAGAUGAGCAAAGCUCGUUGUCAGCCAACCACAGCAGCGACAGCAGCAACGGCAAGAAAAUGGCCGUGAUCGACUUGACAUUAGACAGCUCCUCAGAAGACGAAGAACAGGAAUCGCCGCCGCCACUGCCGCCACCACCCCUGCCUCCAUUGCCUCCUCCCACCAAACGAUCCUGUCCGUCCAUUUCCCCGACAUCGCCGCCAGUCCUCAACAAAGGGGUGUUGAACCUGCACCACCAGGCCUCCCCGGUGAGUCGUGCGCCCAGCAUGACAGCUGUGGACACUAGCUACAUGCCCCCUGUCCCCCCACUGAUCCAGGACUAUAGACCCUACUACCACACCCCCAAUGACCUUCCAGAUUUGAACUUCUUCUCUUUCCUGCAAGGUGACAAUCAUCAGCAUUACAACAUGGUGAUGGCAGCGGCGGCGGCCGCCUCGGCCUCAGAGGACCACGAGCUUCUGCUCAACCGCUUCCUGCCCUAUAGCACCUCCAGCUCCUCAGCCUCCUCCCAGCUGUUCCUCGACCAAUCGGUAGCCAAUUCGGCAUCUUUACUGACUCUGCCGACCAACGGGGCCAGCAGCUCAGGCAGCAGCAGUAGCAGCAGCCUGGUGUCGUCCAGCAGCCUCCGGGACGCUCACUCCUUGUCCUCACACUCGCAUGCCGGGGUGCUGGGUGGCCGGGGCAGCGCAGAAGCAGCGGUGGCAGCUAUUUACGGAGGAAUUCCUGACGUUAUAUCGUUGGACUGACUCACAAAGAGCCAGGCUCCAUCCAACAAUUAAUUGAACUGCAGGGUAGAGAACUGACUCACAGACUAGACUAGAAUCAUUCGACUCCUCGUGGGGUUGGAGUGGAAGAGGCGCGCCAGGAGGACUUGACAGAGGUGUUGGUUCAAAGAGUCGUGAAGGUCAGCUGAGCACAUGGGUUUUGACUUUUUCAGUGGCUCACGUUCGGGCUACAUGGCACAAAACAGCAAAAACACAAAGGAGGACAGCUCUUUUUUAUUGAACACAAGGUGGGGCAGCAUGUACAGAGAACAAAAUCUAUUUUCUUCUUUUACUUUUGUAUGUUCAACUGGGAUACGUCCAGAGUAGCGAGCUGCUUCAACUGCUGUUUUUGACCACGUUAUAGUUUGUGGUUCAUAUGUAAUGUAUGGCUCCUGCCCUGUUUAGCGAUAUCGUGGUUUCAAAGUCAUCACUACAUCUUUCCCCCUAAAGUCUGCUCCAGUCAUUUCUCACUUUUACCCAAUAUAUAUUCCUUUACAUGUUCAGGUUACACUGAUCUUGUGAUAGGGAAUGUGCAGGUGGAGCGGCCAUAUCUCAGGGUUCCUACGUUAAGUAUGGCAAGUAUGGAAAAGUAUGGAAUUUGAUUUCAUAGAUUUCCAGGUAAAAAGUAUGGGAAAAUUGAAACUAUUGUAUGGAAAAAUAUUCCUGUUUCCAAGACUGUUACAGCAGCUCUAUUUUCCAAAACAAAACAUUAUGACUACCCAAAAAAAAUGUCGAGAUCGAUCUGUGGCUUUUUUAAGGUGCUUGGAAGUGCAGUUACAAUAUUUGUGUGAGAGCACACAGUGUUAUACCAUGGUCUUGGUAAAUACUCGAUUCUGAUUGGCUCAGAACAAUUCCAUUGGUGUACAUUAUCAGCUGAUGUUGUACACCUUGGAACGUCUCGAGUAGUUCCUGUCCAAAAAAUCUUCACAUUGUUUCAAAUGAAUGCGCCGUUCAAUUAUACGAGCAAACCUGGCAACCAGACACAAUCGGAUUUAAUGAUAAGUAAUGUGAAGUACUCUGAGGACAGAUAUGAGCAAAUGUAAAACAACAAUGAGUGAUUUAAUCAUUUAGUUUAUUUGGUCAUUUUGGUGUUUACUGCACCUUUGAUGACUGGAAAGGCUGCUGAGAAAUUGAGGGGCAAAUGAAGAGACAGAAGCAGUACAGCUGUACUCGCUGUCGGUCUUUUGUUGACUGGCCGGUGGAGUCAAAUAGUCGCAGGGUAUCAUUCAAAACAUCAACGGUGAAGUGUUCGGUGCAUAUUUGCCAAUUUUUAUGCAAGGGAGCGUCUCAGCAUUUGAAUGGUCUAGUUUGUUGUUUUUCUUCGCAUUGAUUUCAUCCAUUGAUUUCAAUCUACAGUUAACGUGUUCCCAGCAUAAAUGUAUUCCAUAUAUGUGUAAUACUCAAAACUGAUUUUUUUCCUCAUACCUGUGGUUGUUAUUUAAGAUGAGCAAACUAGAAAAUCUAUUUGCUGGAGUACUGAAGAGCGUUUACAUUCCUCUCGAACGUUAUGGGGUUGGAAUGACUCUUCGUAGUCAAGCCAUCAGGCGUUGCAAGGGAAAAGAAAUUGUUUUCGUAAAACUUUCCAUUUUGACCACAAAACGUAUGAAAUUAGGAUUUGGUAGUUUCAUUAGUUAGUUUUGUUGGCAAGUGACCAUGGUAUAAAUAAGCAGUAGUUAAUAUCGUUCAAGGUGUACAAUGAUCAGGGAUCUAUGGACUUCGCGGAGGCCACCGUCCUCCGCUGCACGUCGGUUCACGCCUCGACGUCGUCCAUUAAUCCCUGAUCAUCGUACACCUUGUCGGGCAUUAACCCUAAAUUCUGAAGAUAAAGACCGGUUGGCGAAGGAUCCCCUAUUAUCCCCCCCUAUAAUCUUCUGGAAAUUAUUUGUCGACAUAAUGGCAUGUAAAGAAUCAGAAUGAUGUACACCUAUUUACUCCAAUGUCACAAAUUAUUUGAAUGUUUUUUUUGCCGAGAAGUCUGGAAAUUAGGGUCUAGAAAAAGUAUGGAAUUUUGGAAAUCUCAAAUGUGUAGGAACCCUGAUAUCUACUUCUGGUUUAUCAUUUGCACUCCUUUUGAAGACUCCGUCCACAUACAGCAUUAAGACUGUUUUGGGAGCUUUGCAUAAUUUAUAUAUGUAAAUCAUGGGAUGGAAGAAUAUUUUCUUUUUUCUUUUGCUUAAUGCCAAAAAUAACAAGGUACCCUGAGUGCACUCAAAAAGUGAGUCCUCUUGUGUCUUCCUUUGGACACUUAAACCACAUUCUUGGAGACAUUCUUGUUCAACCCUUCAGAAUAAAAGAACAAUGCAGUUGAAAUUCAAA